AUGUCUCAACUCCUCCAUCAUCGUAGCGCCGCACCAUUGCUUUCCUCUGGUCGCCGGCCACCGCCACUGCCACCCUUUCCUGGUCUAUUUGUUGAUCUUGAGAAGGAAGACAAGAUUAGCAACCUCCCUGACUUCAUUAUUGGUCACAUUCUUUCUUUUCUUCCUACCAAAAUUGCAGUUGCUACAAGCGUUUUAUCCAAGAGUUGGAGAUACAAAUGGACAUUUAUCACCAAACUAGAUUUUAUAGACGAGGAAAAGUGGUUUACAGGCAAGGAAAUAAACAAAGAAAUGUUUUUAAACUUUGUCAACAGGGUACUACUUCAUCUGAAUAGUUCAAGCAUUGAGAGUGCCAAACUUACUUUAAUAGAAAACUACCAUUCCUAUGUGGAUCAGUGGAUGUCCGCUGUUGUAAGGCGCGGAGUAAAAAAACUUUGUAUUGAUUCAGCUGUCCUUUCCUCUCAUUCCCUUAUGGAAUUCAUGUCCUUAGAGCAACUGGGGCUAAGUGUGCAUCGUUGUGUCAAUAUUAAACUUCCCUCUUUUGCUUGUCUUUCAUCCCUCACAGUCCUUCAUUUGCGUGGAAUCAGUUUGAUUGGUGAGACUUGUAAUAACUCUGGAAAUAUUCACCUUAUUUUUCCACUUCUGAGAAACUAUAAGACAGAAGAUUGCACCUGGUCAUCAAGUCUAAAGUAUGUCACUUUAGAAGCACCUCUGCUUGAAGUAGUUUCAAUACAGAACGCUACACACAAACAUCCAUAUCCUACCAUAAAGUUUUGUGCUUCCCGUCUUAUAGAAUUCGCUUAUGAUGAUUAUCCAUUACCGGACCCCAUUGUGUUUGAUCUAUCUGAAGCACAUAUUGUUGAUGCUGAUAUUCAUAUUGGUUGGACGAAGGACGAACAAGAGCAAGAAAUUAUGGUUCUUUCUAGCAAGAUUUUGAAGCAAUUUAAAACUGUGGAAUGUUUGAAGUUUCAGAAGUGGUCGAGUAAGGUGUUGCUAGCAAAAGAUUCAUUGGCAAAUAUUCCUUCAUUCGAAAUGUUAAGUUAUCUGGAGCUAGGAGAUGUUACUGGUGAAAUCCUUUUGGCAUUACUUCUAAAAGCACCAAAUCUAAAGACUCUUGUUUUUCAGAACCUACUACAGUCUGACCAAGAACUGUUGAAUUAUGAUCCGGUGCCUGAAUGUUUGCUAACUACUCUUCAAGUGGUGAAGUUUGAGGAAUUUAAAGGUUCUGAGCAUCAGUUAAAUUUUGCUAAAUUUGUGAUGGGAAAUGCUCUUGCCUUGAAGAAGAUGAGCAAAUUUAACGAGCAAAAUGUGCUAGAAACUGUGGCUCUUUCUAUUAAGCUUCUGAAGCAAUUUGAAAAUGUGAAGGUUGGAGUUUCAGUGGUCAAAGAAGCGGCGUGCGCUCAUCGCACCACCGCUUUCCUCCGGUCGCCGGCCAUCACCGCCGCCCUGCCGUCGUCUGUUGGUUGA